CCCGGAAGCGGCGGCGGGAGGGCCGGGACCGCUCAGCCCCGGUGGCGGCGGAUCUGCCCCCUCCCCACCCCCACCCCCACCCCCCCCCAAAAAAAAAAAACUACACGACACCCCCGGAGGGUGACAGCCCGGCACCCAUGGCCCGACCCGCCGCGCCGGACCCCGGCUCAGCGCCGUGGUGGAAUUACUUUUUCCUUUACGAUGAUUCAAAGGUUAAGGAAGAAGGAGAUCCUACAAGUGCCGGGAUUUGUUAUUUUUAUCCUUCUCAGACUCUCCCCGACCAGCAGGAACUGCUGUGCGGACAGAUUGCCGGAGUGGUGCACUGCAUGACUGAGAUUUCUGGAGCUCCUCCAAGCCUCGUUCGCCUGAGGAAGCUCAAGUUUGCAGUUGUAGUGGAUGGAGAUUAUCUGUGGCUUUCUGUAUUAAAGGUUCUGGGCUGUGCUGUUGAGCUCCCUGAUGUCAGCUGUAGGCGGUUUCUGGAGCAGCUGAUCAGCCUCUUCACCUUCUACAAUGGACCUGUGCACCGUGCGUACAUGGCAUUUUCUCAGGAGGAACUGAGCAGACAGUGGGACAGAUACAUUGAACAUAUCCAAAAAAACACCAGUGACCUCCACAAGAUUUUCAAUUCUCUCUGGAAUCUGGACAAAACCAAGGUAGACCCCCUGCUUUUACUGAAAGCAGCUCUCAUCUUGCAAACUUGCCAGCGGUCUCCCCAUGUCUUGGCAGGCUGCAUUCUCUACAAAGGCUUGAUUGUGAGCACCCAGCUGCCACCUCCUCUUACUGCCAAAGUCCUCCUCCAAGGCAAUGAGUUUCCAGGCCAGGGUGAGCCUGGAGGUGAGGAGCAGCGGGAGCCUGAUUCUCCGCUGCCGCAGGGUGUCCGUAUCAUCCCCGUAUUUCUAACAGAAGAUGAAGUCUCAGUGCUCCGAGACUUUCCAGUGGAGUGGAUGACUAGGUCAUCCGUGUCCCCAGCAAGCCCUAGAGAAGAGAAGAAUGCUCUCUGCUCCCAGGCAGUUUCAGAAUCAACAGGAGACCUGAAUAAUAUCUCUGUGCAGGAGUGCCCUGAGCAAGCUUCAAGCACAGCUGCACCAGAAGAUGCUGUGCAAUCAAGCAGCCUUGCAAACACAGGUCCUUUGAAGGGCUUCCCCGAAAUGGAAGCCGGUACAAAGAAUUCUCCAACUGCAGGAUUGAGCAGCCCAGACAGCAAAAGCUCAGAGUUCAGUAGAAAAGCACCCUUCCCAUCAGAGAGAGACACAAAGCAGCUGCCGAGCCCUUCCACACUCCAUACUGCUGAAUAUGCUCAAACUGCAGGUCUGUAUCUGGAAGGCUUUUCCUUUCCAAAUCCUUACGCCCAGGAGCAGGAGAGUCAGAGCAUGGGCAAAUCCCUCGUGGACUCUGAUGUUGAGCAACACGGUUUCCAAAGUGAUGCAGCCAGUGGCAGCCCAGCUGUUUGCUCGCCUGCCCAAGAGUUGAGCAGAAGGAAAGCAAGUGAACAGGCCGAGCAAGGGACUCUGAGCCAAAAGAGUGUCUCUGGAGAAAGCAGUGGUGCAGCUGGUGGCAAUGUGAGGGGUUUGGAUUGCCCAGCCCCGGCGGUACAAUCAGAACUCCAACAGAAGAGUCAGCUGCCAGCUGUAGAGGCUCGGGAGAGUCUGCCCGGUGACCCAGCAGAGAGCACAGACUGUCCCCGGAGCGGGGAGAGCGGCUGGCCGCCUCGGGGGGACAGCCUGGGAGCCCAGGCUGGUGUGGAGUCAGGCAAACGGUGCAAACCGGUUCAGAUGAGCUUGUAUGUUCACUGCAUUAAGGGGCUCGUGCUCUGCCUGCUGGCUGAAGAUCACCUCCGCGAGGACCAGAGCUCCACUGAAGACGUGUACCACAGCAGUCUGGCUUCUCUAAAUGGCCUUGAGGUUCAUCUGAGGGAGACUCUGCCCAAGGGCUCCUCAUCCUCAGCCAAGACAACUUACAGCUUCGCUCACUACGACUGCGUUCAGAACGUACUCACAGCCAACCUGCCCCAUACACCCGGCCCUCUGGAUCGGCACUUCCUGAGAGCUGCCACGCUGAUCCACUCCGACUUCCACCAGCUUCCGACUGCUUCAGAAGUGAUCGUUAGGAACGCCUCCACGGCCGUGUACGCCUGCAGGAGCCCCGUCCAGGAAACCUACUUCCAGCAGCUGGGUACUCCACUCCGCAAUUCAGGUGUCCCCAACCCUCAGGACAGUGCGUUCAGCUUGCCGAGCAAGGCCAAGCAAAAGCUGCUGAAGCAUGGCGUGAACCUGCUUUGAUGCACUGAGGCAACGUGUCUCGGCCCGUGCGGAAAGUUAGUUCGUCUCCAGUAUGUAAAAUCUCAAGGCUUUUUAUUCUGUAGGAGGCACGAGGCUCUGCGCUAUGUCUGGGGGGUCUCCAGCCUGCCUUGCCCUGAGGAAGGGGCACUCUUACUGCCCUGUUCCUGCAGCACACUUUGUGCUAGCGCGGGGUAUUGUUGACGUUAGCACUUACCAAAGACUGAAGCUAGAACAUAGCUGUGGUGGGGUGCUUGGUUUACAUUGACUCUAGGACUGUUGCUGGGGCUCUGCCGCCACAGGCAGAGGCUCCUGGAGUGCCUUGACCUAAAGUAAAACUUCUUCUUGCUCUAAGCUACACCGACACUGGGCUACUGGGCAGUGCUGGCUUUCAGAGGUGUCAGUCAGACACUGCAUCUGCCUGGGCUUCAGCGCCUACAUUUGCCCUGGGCAGACUUGGGCUUUAUUUAUAUCUCUUGAUCUAUAGAAAUGAUCCCCUGUCACAGCAGAGCCCUGAUUAACAGAGCCUGCGUGUUCUCAGACUAACUGGAAUAGAACAAGUGCUGCAAACCUCAGAAUCCUCCUUCAGGUGCUGUCUGGAGGUUUUUAUACUGUAGCUGAAUCUGGGAGAUCCUUGUCCCUCCCCGCCGGCCUGACCGGUGACUGCGGCGCAGCGCUGCCUUCCCCGCUGCCCACCGAGGCAGCUGCAACCUGCCGGCCCCUCUCGGGGGUCCGUGGGGGUGGUGGCAUGAAUGCCCUGCACCUCCUGCCUGCUCCUCGGCCUUCUGCUGCCUCCCCUCCCUCCUCCUGUUUCACCUCCUUGCUCUCGCUGCUCCGAUUCUCUGUGCUGCCUUGACAGCAAAGGCGAGGGGGAGCCCCUGAAGCUAACGGGACCAAAGAGGUUUUGUAUCUCCUCGGCGGCUGUUUUUCCACUCAGCUGGUGUGUGAGUGUGCCCUCUCAGCUGCUGCUGGGGGGGUUGGUGGUGGCAGCUUAGACUCAAGGUACCUGCGUCUGCCUGUGCUGCGUGUUUCAACGCCCGCUGCUGUUACAUACACACACACACAUCGCUGUGACUGUGAAAAUAAAAGAGAGUCUCCAAGACUCUUCCAGUGUCA